AUGCCAAUUUAUAAUAAACAAGAAGCCUUGAAGGCUUUACAUUCAAUAACAACCAUCAAAGACUCACAGCACUUCAUGGUGUCUGCAUUUAUUGACCACAGAUUGGAUGGGACCAUUCGAGUCAUCAGUAUAAUCAACAGACAGAAUCUUCAGCCACUUUACUGUGUUUACUGCACUUUUGAACAUGACUGUAAAACAGCUGAGACCGACGUCUGGAUACAUAGUGACCAUUUUGGCUUCCCGUUUCAUGUCUCAGAUGUGAUUUGUAAAGGUAAACACUUGCAAGAUGCAACUCGUGUCCUCAUCUCAACUAAAGCUUCCCUGGACAAUGAAACCCACGAGUAUCUGCCAAUACAAAAUCGUGUAAUAAGUGAGACUUUUAAGUUUGACUUCACAGUUUGCAUCUCCAACCUUUUUGGUGACUACAACAAUGUGCUGCAAUAUGCACAAGCUAUAGAAAUGUACAAGCUUCUGGGGGUUCAACGAGUGGUCAUCUAUAACACUAGUUGUGGACCAGACCUGGAAAACCUCUUAAAGCAUUAUGAAAGAGAGGGAAUAGUGGAGAUUGUUCCAUGGCCAAUUGACAAGUUUCUCAACCCGUCCCUAGGUUGGAACUUUAAGGAACACAAGGGUGACAUUCAUUAUUAUGGACAGUUGACAACACUCAAUGAGUGCAUUUACAGGCACAUGUAUCAAUCCAAGUAUGUUCUCCUGAAUGACAUCGAUGAGAUUAUCGUACCUUACAAAUUUGCCAAUUUACCAUCUCUUAUGAAGAACCUCCAAGCUGAGCAUCCCAAUGUGGGUGUGUUCCUCAUUGAGAACCACAUAUUCCCCAAAACGCAGUUUGAGGACAGUGGGCGCUUCAAGCGACCAGAAUGGCGUAAUAUUUCUGGGAUUAAUAUCAUGGAGCACAUUUAUAGAGAACCUGACCGAAAGAAUGUUUUCAAUCCUACAAAGAUGAUUGUUAACCCAAGGAUGGUGGAACAAACAUCGGUACAUUCCUCCUUGAAAAACUUUGGAGAGACAUACCACGUUCCAUUUGAUGUCUGUAGGAUUGUACACGUUCGAGUCCCACUGCAGGGGCAUCUGACCAAAGAACAGCUGGCUGUGGACAAAAAAGUGUGGGACUUUGAGCAAGAAUUGGUGCCAAAUGUUGACAAGGCAUUGGAGGGUUCUGGUUUGUUAAGACCUUACAGCUGACAUCAUCGAAUUGAAAUG